CAAACUGGUAGAGCAAAAACACGAAUAAUAUAAAACAGCAAUUAAUUAUAAUUAUUGAUGUGUUUUAAACAAAAUAAUUCCAUUGCCCGGUUGUUUUUGCAAUACUUCACAGUCGACUUUAAAAAAAAAAACCGAACCAUAAAUGUGUAUACAUAAGAUCUCGAUAAAACCUUCGCGGCAUCACCAGAAUGGCAAAAAUCAUUUGGCGGCUCUUGUGGUUCUACACUUUCAUACAAGUGGUGUAUAAUGACGAAUCUAAACAGGGAGAGCAAAAGUUUGAACUGGCCGAGGAGCAGGACAGUCGUCCCUUGGUCAUCGCCACUUUAGAUGGCACUUUGACAUCAUUGGAUAAACAUUCUGGAAAAAUCCAGUGGAAGAUUAAAGAUCAUCCAAUUGUUCAAGUCCCCUUAGACACAUCAGAGGCUUUAAUACCAAUUUUCCUGCCCGAUCCUAGAGAUGGCUCCUUGUACCUUAUGGGGAACAGCAGAGAGCCCCUUAAAAAACUGCCUUUUACCAUUCCACAGCUCGUGCAUUCUUCUCCGUGUAGAAGCUCGGAUGGAAUUCUUUAUACAGGCAAAAAAAAAGACACCUGGUACAAACUGGACCCCCUGACUGGCAAUAAGGAGCAAAUAAUCGGAUGGGGCGACAACAGCCCCACUUGCCCCAUAGAGGUGAAUAAUUUCGUUUAUAUCGGACGUACCAAGUAUAACAUUAUGAUGGUGGACACCGGUAUGCACAAUAAAAAGUGGAACGUUACUUUUUAUGAUUACACUGCUGCCGAUAUGUCUGGAGUCGAAUUAAGUAAUUACGAUUUGGUCCAUUUUGCAUCCACAUCAACUGGCACGGUACUAACCCUGGACCGCAGAAAAGGUAAUUUGCUAUGGCAAGCGGACUUGGGCAGUACCGUGGUGGCCAUGUACCUACUCUCCCUCGAGGGACUGGUUAAAGUACCUUUUACCAGCUUGUCCAACCACACCAUCAAUUAUUUGGCCACAGAGAUCGACUUACAUAAAGGCCUCAUGGAUAAUCCCAACCACAUGAAGUUGUAUCCAACUUUAUACAUCGGUGAACACCACCAUGGCCUCUACGCAAUCCCCUCGUUAGUGGACCAAAAUGUAGUGACCAUAACCGCCUCCGACGAGGGCCCCUUACUAUUAGGGGGGCCCCACGCCCACGACCCCCCAAAGUUAUAUCCCGAGUACCCCCUUCCGGGGCACAACUACAAAUUGCCCCAGAACGUGCUGCCCGAGGACACAUUUCAAAGUUUAUCGGGUUUCAAUGGCCAUCUGGUGAUUUAUACGGGGCAUUACAACGUGCCGAAUUUCACCGAUUCGGACUUCGUGGGGCCCAAUAGGCCCGUGAGACAGGUAAAAUUACUCACCGAUGCCAGUAAUCCUUCGGUGGGCACUCAAACAACGGACCUAGAGGCCGAAACUGGCGAACUGGAAAACGAAACUAAACCGAUAUUCAUAAAAAAAGAGAAAAUUCCGGAUCGUUUGAGGGUGGAAAAUUGGUUUUCCCGGAAUUACGGGGACCUGAAAAGUUGGAUAAACCAGCAAGAGAACAAGGGGAUGAAGUUAACGUUAAUCGUGAUGACCGGUCUGGUGUUUAGUAUGUUUUGGUACCUACAGAUGCAAGUUAGGGAAAUGCAACAGUCCCAGAACGGUUCUAGGGGGAGCCAUCAGAGCUCUUAUGGCAGGAACAGUCAGGUUACAGCCCUUACCGAAGAGCUGCCUGGGGGACUGGUGAAAGUUGGAAAAAUCAUUUUUCAUCCCGAACAGUUGCUGGGAAAAGGGUGUGAAGGGACUUUUGUUUAUAGGGGCGAAUUCGAUAAUCGCAGGGUCGCAGUAAAACGUCUUUUGCCCGAAUGUUUCACUUUCGCCGACCGCGAGGUCGCGCUCCUGAGAGAGAGCGACGCCCAUCCAAACGUAAUAAGGUACUACUGCAUGGAACAAGACAGAAUGUUCCGGUAUAUAGCGUUGGAACUGUGCCAAGCCACCUUGACCGAAUACAUGCAGGGCCAGUGCGACACCACCGCCAUGACGAUCAAACCGUUGGACAUUUUGAGGCAGGCCACGGCCGGUUUGGCCCAUUUGCAUUCCUUGGAUAUCGUGCACAGGGACAUAAAGCCGCAUAACGUCCUAAUCUCGGUGCCGAACGGCAGGGGCGAAGUCAAAGUGAUGAUCUCGGACUUUGGGCUGUGUAAAAAGUUACAGUUCGGCCGGGAUUCGUUCUCUCGUAGGUCCGGGGUGACCGGGACCGACGGCUGGAUCGCACCGGAAAUGUUAACCGGAACCGGCAGAACGACUGCCGCAGUGGAUCUCUUCUCGCUCGGCUGUCUGUUCUACUACGUGUUAUCGCGCGGCGGUCAUCCCUUUGGCGACGUGCUCAGACGCCAAGCGAACAUUCUGAUGGGCGAGUACAAUUUAGCGGACCUGGAGGGCCCCGACUGGGAGAAAGAGCUCCAGCGGCCCCUCAUCGAGGCCCUGCUGUCCUCCAGCGCGGACCGUAGACCCUCCUGCGGCGCCGUCCUCACCCAUCCGAUGUUCUGGAGCUGUCAGAAAGUUUUGGGAUUCUUUCAGGAUGUGAGCGAUAGAGUGGAAAAAGCGGAAUCGGGAGAUCCGGUGCUGCAGUCUCUGGAGCGUCACGGGAGUCCCGUGGUGAAGUACGACUGGCGCGUGCACAUCCACGAGGAAGUGGCCAAAGAUUUGAGGAAAUACCGCACGUACAGGGGGGACAGCGUGCGGGAUCUUCUUAGGGCCCUCAGGAAUAAGAAACACCAUUUCCGGGAAUUGACCAGGGAAGCCCAAGAGUCCCUCGGGGAAAUCCCGGAUGCUUUUACGAAUUAUUGGACCAGCCGGUUCCCUUUGCUGUUGGCGCACGCCUACGUCGCCAUGCAAUGCGUCGCUCACGAGAACACGUUUCACAUUUAUUACCACGAGUCCUUCAGAUACCCGACGAGCAACUUCAAAACGCAAGUGGACAACUACAUCGAGAGGAACCCGAUCGUCUCGUCGCGCCCGGACACCAACCUGGACCACUUCGAGCGUAAAAAGUCGUCACAGGACAGUCCGAGGCGACGGUUUCAAAGGCCGGAACUCCUACGGGAAACGGGCGGUUUGUACCGGAACUUGAGCCCAAAGUCGGUGGACGUAAGUGAGGUGACGCUUAGUUUUAAUGACAGUGUUAAAGUAGUGAGGGAGCCCGCACCCUUGAAAAUGCGUAAAAAAAAGAAGAGAGCUAUUGAGGAACCUCUGGUGUGGGCCGUAAGGGAUUGAGGAGUCAAGUAGAGAUGUUGUUUUUCGUUACUGUUGAAUGCUCGUUACUCGGCUGUUUGGUAUUUAUUAAUACACAGUUUUCCUGAUUGAUAUGGAUAUAAUUUGACUGGUUUACGUUCAAUCAUUUGCUUAAUUCUGACUGAUAACAUUGAGUAAUGCUUACGCCAUUAAGAAGUUAAAGCGACCGAUUGCGGUUCAGCGGUCGGAGCUGGAUUAUCGAUCGCGGUUUAAUAGGUAGAGUUCGUUCCUUGAACGUGAAGUAUUUUUCCACAACAUCCCUCCAGCCUUGAAACGAUCCAAUCUUACAAACCGCCUACAGUGUAACCUAACGAAUAUACCGUGUAAUUUAAUAUUUAAAAACGGAUAAACAAGUGAACAAGAUAUUACUUGAUGAUUAUCACUAUUUAGAAAUAACUCUCUUUUAUAUUCCCUGUUCUAAAGAAAAUUUGCUACGAGAUGCAUUUAAUAUCCCAAUUUUAACAAAAAGUGGAGUUAGCGGGUUUCUAGACCCUUCAUAUCGUGCGUGCGGAAGAAGACUGUUACAUCUCAAAAUGUGUAACUGUUCAGGAGAGCUACUUAAAGAUUAUUAUUUUAGAAAUGUUUUUUUAUCAUUAAAUGUACUUUAUAGUUAAUCACAAAAAUUAUGUUAAAGUACGGCAUUUAGACGUUACAUUAAGAUGUUAGGAUACAUUAUUAUUUAGUUUUUUUAUUUUGGUAAAAACAGGAAUAUGUAACUCUCUUGAAUAUUUUUUUGUUGUUUUUAAUGUUGUUUUUUAACUGUUUUUUUUUAAAGAAUAUACAAUUAAAACUUUCUUUUAUAGUUAAAUAUUUAACAGAUAACAAUCAAACGGUAAAUAUACGGAUCAUUUAAAACAUCAAAAUAUCCCCAAAAAUGCUUAUGUAACUCUCUUUUACAGAAAAUAUACACAAAGGUAAGUUUUGUAACAGUUUAUUAUCUAGUAAAAAAAUAAACAAAUACAAUAUCAAAGCUAAAUUAAAACAUUAAAAAAUUCUUAAGUCACUUUAAAACAUAACUUUGGCUUAGUAUUAAAUACUUCCAACCUAAAUAUAAACAUAGAAUCUAAAAAAAAAUCGAAUUGCCGCUUAACAAUUAACUCAAAGUUAAGCAAACACUAACCUAGGUAGAUUUUAUGUUUAAAAAAAUCUAGAGAUAACUUAACAGAACAUAAAAAUUUAAAAAGAAACAUAAAAGUCAAAAAGGAUUCUGUUUAUACCUUAGCUAUACAGCUUCUACAAGUUUUGAAAAAAAUCCAAAUAGUACAUUGGCACACACUUUUUUUUCUCAAUUAGGUCUAAUAAUCCUUUUUUCUUGGCAUCAGAAAUUCCUGGUUUUUUAGAAUAAGCGUUUUGCAGUUCAAUGUUAUCAAAAUUUAUGAUUUUCCUUUCACUUAUUAUUUCACUUUCCGUAUAAUUUUCAUUGUAGCUGUAUUUAAAAAAUAAAUUGUUUGGUUUAUUUUUUUCUACCCGUAUUACUUUUAAAUCAUUAAACCUAACAUUUCGGGGAUUUACAAACAGAUCGGCUGAAAGUUUUUUUAUAUCAAGCAUGUCCUUAAAACAAAGUUCAUUAACCUUAUAAGAUUUUUUCGUUUUUUUAGCAUUUCUUAUUAUACUUAUGUAUUGUUCGGGUACGUAAAUUGGGUUGGCUUUUUUAAAUUUUGUAAUUUCUGACUCAAUUCUAGCAUGAACGCUAUCACCUUCACUUUGACUGUGUCCCUUAAUUAAAAAUUUAUGUGUUAUGGAAUUAACAUUUAAUUUAUUUACUGCAAAGAUGUAAAGAGCUAAAAUAAAUUUGUUUUUAUUUUGUCCCGGACAAUUAUCCGAGUAAAAUAUUACAUCUAGAUUUUCUGAGUGUUCUUGAGUUAAGCCUUCUAAAUAUUUCAAAAUGCAAGUCCCAAUAUCAUUGGCUCCUCUUAAGCAUUGGCCUUCAUGCCAUACAUAACAAGUACCUUCGGUUUCUUUUAUGUCAAAAAUGGUCAAAUUGAAUACAUUUAGUUUAGAAACAUAGUAAAAAGAAUUUGCUUGUCCCGUUGGACAUGGUAAAACUUUUUGGAGAUCGUACACUAACACUUUUACAUUACUGUCCAUAUUCUGCUUAUCUGUCUCCUUCUCUAAUCUGCUUAGCUCUUUCUCUUGUAUAUGCCGAUUAUACUUUUCUUCUAAUUUCUUCCUUUCUUCAUCUGUUGCAUUUUGAUAUUCAAUACAGAGCUCGCACUGAUCUUUUUUUGGCAAAUGGAAUGCAAUAUUAUAUUCUUCAUUAAAUAUUUUGCUAUAAAGCUGGUAGUUUCCAAAAUCUUGAUUUUUUUUUUGCUCAGACUUACAUAGUCCCUGUGAAUAUCCAUUAAACUUUUUCCACCUUCUAUAUACUCUUUGGUUGUUCUGCUUCGACAGUAAUGACUGUCAAUUCUAGGUAUUGAAUUAAUAUGGUUUCUUAUUUGGGUUUUAAUUUCAUCGCUUAUCUUUUUAUGAUUUUGGUGCCUCCCCCUUUUGUCUGUCUUAAUCACUGUCCCACUUUCGCAGCUUUUUUGUUUUUUUAGUACCGUCUGAAUUGUUCUGUUGUUUAUGGCUAACGUUGCCAUAAAAAAUUUUUUACAAACACGUACCUUUGUGCUUGAUAUUAUAAAAUGGAAUGCAUUAUUCGGGUUUCUAGGCUGUUCAGUAUUGCUAUACUUAUAUUUUGGAUUUAUUGACGUCAUGUUAGAUGAAAUGUAUUCUCGUUGCUUAUUAAUAUCUCCGAGACUAUAAUAUUCAUUAAAAAUAUGUAAUCGUUGUUCCUCCAAAAUUUUAAUAUAGCAUUUCAAACGACAUUUCUCAUUGCAAGGUAACUGAAUGGAUUUUUGCGGAUGUUCUCUUUGCAUUUUAAUUUUUGUUCCAUCUUCGUUUUUUUUUAUUUGUGUGGAAAAGUAAGCUUUUCCUGUAUUCCUUAAUAUUUUUGUUUGAUUUUUUUUCCAUAAUAAUACAUUUUUCUUUUUCCUUUUGCCCAUUUGUUUUAUUUCAGUCUCAUUUAUAAGUUUUCGUUUUUUUGGUUGAUGGAUAUUCUCUUCUUCCGAUGUAUCAGAAUUAUUUGGCGAGUUUCUAUUCUCGUAUAAUGGAUCCUUUACACUAUCAUCUGAUCCAAAUGGAUCAUGUUCCAUCAGAUUCUGAUGAAGAUGAUGAGUCAGAUGAAUUCGAUGAUGAACUACUUGAAGAGGUUGACGAGCGUCGCACUGAGGUUCCUAAAAGAAAUAAUUAAAACCAAAAUAUUUAAUCUUACUUUUUUUACCUAGGAAAAACGUAUUAGUUUUGAUUUUGAGUGCCAACAUCACUACUAUCCUGGUUCUGAAUUUCUUUAAAAUGAAAAUCUAUAUUUUCUAAGAAUUUGGAAAUAGUAAAAUUUAGUUUUAUAGUUAUUAAGUAUUUGCAUAUUCUAUACCUUCAAAAUCAGUUGCUGUGAUUGGAUCUUCUUCUGAAAUAUUUGAUAUGAUUGUUUUAUCUUGAUAAACACACGAUGAUAAACUGCUCGUAGAUGGUAUUGAUAAGCAGGAAAGUAAAGAUUCUAGAAGAUAAAUUAAAUAGAAACACCUAUAUAGUCUAAAUUAAUUUUUUUUUUACCUUGCAAGGGAGCAGAUUUUUGAAAAGAGCCGAACUGCUGACCCUGUUUAUAGAUUUGUGAUGUUUCUUCAGAUUGACAGUUUGCUUUUUCUUAAAAAUAGAAAUUUAUCUAAUUAAGCUUUACGGCUAUUGCCUAUUUACUAUUCUACCUUCGAAGUCCGCCGAUAUGAGCUGAUUUUCUUUUGAAGUAUUUGUUGUAAGUAUUUCAUCUUCUUGAAUAUUUGUUACCAUUUUUAAAAUGCGCAAGCUUCGAUUUUCAUACGUUCCAGUCAUUUUAAUCUGCAAACAAAUUACAACAUAAAUUAUUUUUAUAGGGGUAAACAAAAACGUGAAAAACAGUAUUCAAACAGCACGAAUACGUGCUAAAAAGAUGUAUACUACAACUGUAUACUAUACACUGCAAGGACGUAUUAUUAUCGAACGUAUUUAAUUAAGAUUUGCUUAAGCUGAUCGCAAUGUUACGUCAUAGCAAACACUAAGGAUGUGACGUAACUGUUUCAACGAUCCAAUUAAAUAAUAUACCUUACUUAUAAACAUGCAGUAUAUUUUCUUAAUUGAGGCAAAGGGUUUUGCGUAAAAGAAUUUAAACUCAUUUGAUGGAUUAACAAAGACAAAAAACUUCGAAACCACCUAAAGAUAUACAUAACAACGGCGUAAGCUGUUAUGUUUGAGUAGCAGAAAUAAGUAAAAUCUUGUAAAAAAAGUAGCAAUUGAAAAAUUAUCCCUUUUAUUUCACCUUGUAUGUUAUUUUGGCUAUUCACCAUUUUUCAAUUGAAACAAAUUUAAAUUUUGAUACGUUAAACCCUAUGUUGCGUAUUAAAACAACUUACUGUAUACACGGAAUUAAGACAAAAUAUCUUAAGAAAAACGUUACAUUUUGGAAUAAAACAAAAUUAAAUUAACAUGGCUAGUCAAAGACAUUACAAGUCAAAAUGUUUCUUUUUUUCUUAUAACUUAUCAACACUAUUUAAUAUUUUUUAAUGCCAAAAAGUUAUAUUUCAAAAUGUAACCCUCUUUUAGAUAAAAUUAAUAUAAUUUUUACUUACCAAAAAACACAAACACUCUUUAACAGGAAAAACACUUAACAAUUUGCACCAAAUAGAAAUGUUACAGUUUUGCUCAAAGCGGACCGUCCUUUCCCGUUGAGAGCUAGUGUUAAACUGAACUGCAACGGUUUUGUUGAGCAGCGCAAUGUUUUUUUUUAAAUAUGCCGGUGUGACAUCUCACCAUCUCUUGAGAAGUAGUUGAACUAAACAUGUAACACUAUUCUAGAUUAAAGAAAAUUAAUUUUUAGGUCGUAUUUUGCAGAAAUCUUAAAAAGUGCAAAUUUUGAGUUGUAACAGUCUUCUUCCGCACGCACGAUAUAUAAUAAUAAUUUAAUUUUCGGAUCGAUAUUCGUUACUAACCGAACUGCUGAGUAACGAGUAGUUACCUUAUCACCAUCUCUAGUGUUAAUUUCUUCUUUACUGUCUGAUUGCAAUUUAAUGUUAUUUCAAGACACAUAGGUAAUAUGUGUCUUACUAGACAACUGACUCGUUUAUUUAUUUAUUUCGUUGUCUGUUAAUUAAAGGCAACAGUAAAUAAAUGCCGUGUCGCCCCAAAAAACAUUCCGAGUUUAUUUAGUCAUAAAAUGUCUUUUUAUAGUAUGUAGUUUUGAGACUUUUUUACUGUGAUAUGUGCCUUAAAACUUAUAUAUUAAUAUAGUUUAGCACUUAAUAAUAGCGGACUUAAGGACUUUAAGAUUAGUCUUAGGAUAAGAAAGAAUUUAUUAUUUUAUUUAUAAAUUAUACGAUAAGAUUAUAAGCAAA